UUCCGAUCCCUUGACGUCGGAAUUGUGAGGCUACUGCCAGUGUGCGAAGCUGCACAGAUCGUCGUCCGUCUCGCUCUAAUUCCAGGUCGGCAAUUCCUGCUCCAGUCACUAUUUCUCCGUCUACUGCAGCCCACGAGAGACGGUGUUUAUCCUUCUCCGCGCGACGGUAGCAGAACGUAGGGGGCUGCACAGGCAACACGCCUAGGUUGAGCUUCUGCACAGCGCGAACAAGUGCCGCGUCGUCCGUCAAGCAGCGCAACUCCAUUAGAUUUUUAUUUAUUGACAAACCGGUAGAAUAUCGGUUGGUGAGUAGGAACGAUGGCAACUUUCUCAAGUUCCGGAGGCCGUGCAGCGUUGUGCUUCCCUAGCGAUGGCACGUGGUUCCAGGGCUACUUUAUCUGUGCCUCGAGUCGCGCGCAACUUGGUCUGAUGGGCGAGGAGAUCCCUGUGGACGAUUGUGUGGCGUGUCCGGAUGGAGGGUACCAGGAGUAUCGUCUUACCGUGAUGCACUUCGCGCUGGAUAAAGAGGUGCAAUUGACUGUAAGGAAGACUGGAGGAGACUUGUGUCAAUUGGACGGAGACGCUAUUCACUUUCAGCCUUCCAUGUUGCUGACUGAUGACAAGGCCGUUGAAGCUAUCGAGAAGUACUUCCCUAGCAUCGCUGAACGUGUGGAUCACGACGUGAGCUUAUUGCGAGAGUGCACUGUGUGUUUUGGCGACAUGGAAAUCACGGAACUUGCAUUUCCAUCGCGAAAAGAUCACAGCGAAUAAGAAAAAUGUCGGUUUUUAGUUAAGAGAAGUACUUCGUAGCAAAAAGAAAAUACUUCAAUUUUUGGUUGGC